ACACACACAAGAUGGCGGCGGCGGCGGCGGCGAACGGCGGCGGCGGGAGUUUCUGACGGCGCCGCCAUGUUGGUGAGGGCAGUAACGGCGCCCGCGCUGCGCCGGUGGUGCCGGGGCCGGCGGGGAGCGGCCGCCGCCUGUUUCCCGCUGGACCGGGCGCUGCUGGGCGUGCGGGGCGCCGAGGCCGCCGUGUUCCUGCAGGGGUUGCUCACCAAUGACGUCACGCCACUGGUGGCGGCGGGCGACGCCCCCCCCGCGCUGUACGCGCACGCGCUGAACGUGCAGGGCCGCUGCCUGUAUGACGUCAUCCUGUACAGGCUGCACAGGAGCACAGCAGAGGAGCCUCACAUCCUGCUGGAGUGCGACAGCAGCGUGCUGGAUUCCAUCCAGAAACACCUGAAACUCUACAAGAUCCGCAGGAAAGUUGCCAUCGCCCCCUGCCCUGACCUCUCCCUGUGGGCUGUCAUCCCUGGGGAGCAGCCUGGGGAUGCCAGUUCCCUCCCAAAAUCUGCAGACCAGGCUCUGGUCUUAACUCCUGACCCCAGGGCAGAAGUCAUGGGCUGGAGACUGAUUGCAAAGAAAGGAGCAAAUCUGUCAGAGAUUAUCCCUGGGAGCCAAGUUGGAGAUGUUCAGGACUACCACAGGCACAGGUAUAAACAAGGCAUUCCCGAAGGGGUGAAAGAUCUCCCUCCUGGAGUCGCCCUCCCGCUGGAAUCCAACCUGGCCUUCCUGAACGGCAUCAGCUUCACCAAGGGCUGCUACAUCGGGCAGGAGCUGACAGCCAGGACCCACCACAUGGGAGUGAUCCGCAAGCGGCUGCUGCCCGUCAGCUUCCCGGGAUCCCCGCCCAGCUCCGGCAUCCCCCCGGGCACGGAGAUCCUCACCCAGUCGGGAAAGCGUGCCGGCAGGUUCCGUGCCGGGCAGGGAGAGCUCGGCAUAGCCCUGCUGAGGCUGGCUCAUGCCAAGGAGCCGCUCUGCAUCCGCCUGCCAGGGGACGCGGUGAGGCUCAGCGCCAGCACGCCCCCGUGGUGGCCCAAAGCUGCUGCUAAAUAGACCAGGGCAGCAGCGUUUGCCUUAAGGAGAGGUUGGGUCGUGUGGGGGGGAUUUGGGAAUUCCUGCUGUUUGUCUGGGGUCUUGCAGGAUUCCUCAAAUCGGGGCUGAACAGCGGGAACCCAGAGCUGUGGUGGAUCACUGGGCUGGAUCUUCCACUGAGUGCCGCGGAGGGACAAACCCAGGGAACUGCAUUUGUCCUUUCCUGGGGUGCCGUGAGUGGUUGGCUCGGUCCCUGUGUGUUUAGGGGGUGCCCUGUGUUGGGAUGGAUUCUCCAGGCUGACACUCCCUCCCUCAGACUAUGCUUUGUGUGUGUGGAUCAGGAGUUUCCCCAUUCCACGCACAGAUUUUACAGUUCAGAAUAACCAUUCUGUGGUAUUAUAAUUUUACUCUUUUUUUGUUUGUUUGUUUUGAGUGGAGACCAUGCUGCUCUUAUUAAGAUGUAUUCUCAGGCUGAAGUUUUUUGCUGCAAAUUCCUCCUUGCAUUGAGCUUCUUAAACUUGCUGGUGGGGCUGGCAUUUCUUCCCAGCUCUGGAAUUGUGUUCAGAACAAGGAGCACCUUGUGCUUCACGUGUCAGACCUUGAUUUCAGCUCAUCCCAGCUGGGAAAGUGAGGUCCCAAACCUCCUGGUCCUUUCUCCUGCUUGAGGUGCCAGUGGAGGGAGCACAGCAGGUUCCUCUGCCUCCCAUUCCUCAAACCAUUUUUUGGGAAAGGGAUAUUUUCAAUGCCACGUGUGCUGGCUUAGCCUGGCCUUCCUGAGGGAGGAUUUUCAGCAGGUUCUGGCUCUGCACCUCCGAGCUCUGGACCCCUCACACCCUGUCCCUGCUGCCACCUGCAGCUGAGGUUUUCUCCAUCCACCACCCCGAGGGUUUUCAGAGCAAUCCAAUGCCUUGGCAUUUCUUUGCUUCAUUAUUUUCGUGGCUGCCAACACUCCUCUGCUUCCCCAGUUUUUCUUCUUGCUGCAACAUAUUCCUCUCCUUUUCCAAAGCCAACCAGCUCCGUGCCUCCUGACCCUGUCAACCUGCAGUGAUUUAUAGGAACACUUUUUAUCUUUGUAUUGCAAUAAAUCCAUUACACAGUGAGAGAGCUGCCCAGGUGAGAUCCCAUUUUGUCCAAAAAAACCCCAAAAAACCAAAAACCUUUGCAUGAAUAUUUGUAACAAAACCUGCCCAAAAUCACAUUCUUCUCUGUUUCAAUGUUACUGUGAAAGAAAUUUGUCUGUAAAAAUGCUUAUAUCGAUUAAAACUCUAUGGUUGCUGUAAAAUGA